UGUGGCUGAGCAGUUUAUGAAAAACACCCAUGUGAGCGCUUAUUUUCCAUCGUAUUAAAAAUAGAAAAAGAGUUGAUGUUUGGAUUGUAACCCAGGGAGAUUCAUUCGGAUUUUUCAGCCAUGUUUAAACAUCCGAAUGCAGCUGUGAGGUCACGGGGAAUGGAACCGGGCUCGGUGAAGUCACAGCUCCAAGACAGAGCAGACUGUAAUACAGAGAGGUGAACAUCAGUCAAGAGUAGGACAGUUCGGUACACUGUAGACAAACGCAAACCAGAGAAACAAAAUGGAGGAAGCUUACAUUGUCGUUGAUGAAGAGGCUCCCGCCACUGUAGAAAUCAAAGACCUUGGUAAACGAUAUGAUCUGGCUUUAAAACAACACAGACUGACAAAGGAGCUCUAUGAAAAACUAGUGGAUCAAGGCCAAAUAACGGAGGAGCUGAUGGGAGAACUGGAGCAAGAAAAUCAAAACCUGACCAACAAAAUCAAAGAGUUAAAAGAACAGACAGAAAAUGAGAAGAUAUCAAUAGAGAAGAAUAAAGAACUCAUGCGCCAGAAAGAUUUAGAAGAGAAAAAAGUUCAGAUUAGAGAAAUGGAAGAUUAUCUAGAGAAGAUGAAGGAGGAAAAUCAACAGCUGGCUGUUGAGCUGGAAGAGCUUUCAAAGAACCAUCAGGAGGAAACAGCUGAGAAUAUAAUCAAGGAAAACCAGAAGAUCCUGGCAGCCCUGCAUAACAAAGACACCCAAAUAGAGAGACUGUCUGAGAUGGAGGGUGACAAGAAAAAGAAGAUAGAAAGAUAUGCCGGCAUCAUUGAGGAACUCAGAGAUGAAAUUCACCUCCUGGAGAAAAAUCUGAAAGACAUUCAGGAGGAACAGAUCCUAACGGUGGUGAAAUAUGAACCAGGCACAGAGGUCCUACAUUCAGUGGAAGAAGAUUACUACAAGGAUGACUUGAUUUCUGUAACCUCAAGAGAAUGUCCGUUCAGCUGGCCGGAGUAUGGUGCCAGGAUCUUGCAGAGAGGAGUCAAGGCAGCAGGAUACAUCAUUCUCUUUUUCAUCUUUUUUGUAGUCAUUUUGUUAUUCCUGGCGUCUAGCUGCAGAGUUUCUGAUUCGAACUGCAACUUGUGGAUGGUAGCAUUUGAGUUUCUGGAGCCCUACGGAGAACUGAGCUAUAUUGUUACCCCUGUUUUUUGA